GGCAUAGCAAUACCAUAAAACAGUAUCCACCCAAAUUAAAUACAGAUUCGCAUCAAAAAGUACGCAUUUUGUCUCAAAACAGUUUGGCAAGAAAUAACCUUUUUCAAACGAUUAACAAAAUGAACUUCCAAAUCGAACGUAGAAUCGAUGCCCCUGAUAGGAGUAGCACUAGCUCAAGCGUUCGUGCAGCGGAACCUUAUCAAAAUACUGACGACAGUCAAAGAAGUAUUCUGAAUUUAGUAGCAGAACCUUAUCAAAACACUGACGACA